CACAAGGCUCCUCCCUGCCUCUCUCUCCAUCUCCCAGCAAGCUCGAAGGGGCCGGGAGAGACAGCCAGAGGAGGAGAACUCAGGCAGCUCUGCAGAGGGGGCCAGGAGCUCCGGUGUUAGUUACCCCCAGCCCCACCGCUGUUGCUGCUCGUGCAGCAGGAACACAGACACCCCCGGUCUCCUUGUCCGGGUGGCCCAGGGCCUCUCCAAGCCCACCAUCCUGGAGACAGCCACUUUCUCCUAAACGCCACCCCCCCCAAGUCUUCGUGGGCCUGGGGAGUGCCAGGAUGGCGGCAGGUGUGGCCACGUGGCUGCCUUUUGCCCGGGCCGCAGCGGUGGGCUGGCUGCCCCUGGCCCAGCAGCCCCUGCCCCCAGCGCCGGGGGUGAAGGCAUCUCGCGGAGAUGAGGUUCUGGUGGUGAACGUGAGUGGACGGCGCUUUGAGACCUGGAAAAACACACUGGACCGCUACCCAGACACCCUGCUGGGCAGCUCGGAGAAAGAGUUCUUUUAUGACGCUGACUCGGGGGAGUACUUUUUUGAUCGUGACCCGGACAUGUUCCGGCACGUGCUGAACUUCUACCGCACAGGCCGGCUGCACUGCCCGCGGCAGGAGUGCAUCCAGGCCUUCGACGAAGAGCUGGCCUUCUACGGCCUGGUGCCAGAGCUCGUUGGCGACUGCUGCCUUGAAGAGUAUCGGGACCGCAAGAAGGAGAACGCUGAGCGCCUGGCAGAGGACGAGGAGGCUGAGCAGGCGGGAGAUGGCCCAGCCCUGCCGGCGGGCAGCUCCCUGCGCCAGCGGCUCUGGCGGGCCUUCGAGAACCCACACACGAGCACCGCGGCCCUUGUUUUCUACUAUGUGACCGGCUUUUUCAUCGCAGUGUCGGUCAUCGCCAACGUGGUGGAGACCAUCCCAUGCCGGGGUUCGGCGCGCCGGUCCCCGAGAGAGCUGCCUUGUGGUGAGCGCUUCCCAGUGGCCUUUUUCUGCAUGGACACGGCCUGCGUACUCAUAUUCACAGGUGAAUACCUCCUGCGGCUUUUUGCUGCCCCCAGCCGUUGUCGCUUCUUGAGGAGUGUCAUGAGCCUCAUCGAUGUGGUGGCCAUCCUGCCAUACUACAUUGGGCUUUUUGUGCCCAAGAAUGAGGACGUCUCAGGAGCCUUUGUCACCCUGCGUGUGUUCCGGGUGUUCCGCAUCUUCAAGUUCUCCAGGCAUUCACAGGGCUUGAGGAUUCUGGGCUACACACUCAAGAGCUGUGCAUCCGAGUUGGGCUUUCUCCUCUUUUCCCUCACCAUGGCCAUAAUCAUCUUUGCCACUGUCAUGUUCUAUGCUGAGAAGGGCACAAACAAGACCAACUUUACCAGCAUCCCUGCAGCCUUCUGGUAUACCAUUGUCACCAUGACCACACUUGGCUACGGAGACAUGGUGCCCAGCACCAUUGCUGGCAAGAUUUUCGGGUCCAUCUGCUCACUCAGUGGCGUCUUGGUCAUUGCCCUGCCUGUGCCAGUCAUUGUGUCCAACUUUAGCCGCAUCUACCACCAGAACCAACGGGCUGACAAGCGCCGAGCACAGCAGAAGGUGCGCUUGGCAAGGAUUCGGUUGGCAAAGAGUGGUACCACCAACGCCUUCCUGCAGUACAAGCAGAACAGGGGCCGUGAGGAGAGCAGCAGUGGAGAGGAGCAGGUGCUGUGUGUCAGGAACCGUUCUGCUUUUGAGCAGCAACAUCACCACUUGCUGCAUUGUCUAGAGAAGACAACGUGCCAUGAGUUCACAGACGAGCUAACCUUCAGUGAAGCCCUGGGAGCUGUCUCACUGGGAGGCCGCACCAGCCGCACCAGCCGCAGCACCUCUGUGUCCUCCCAACCAGUGGGGCCUGGUAGCCUACUAUCUUCCUGCUGCCCUCGCAGGGCCAAGCGCCGUGCUAUCCGCCUUGCCAACUCCACGGCCUCAGUCAGUCAUGGCAGCAUGCAGGAGCUGGACACACUGGCUGGGCUGCGGCAGAGUCCUGCCCCUCAGAGCCGCUCAAGCCUCAAUGCCAAGCCCCAUGAUGGCCUUGACCUGAACUGCGACAGCCGGGACUUCGUGGCUGCCAUUAUCAGUAUCCCAACCCCUCCUGCCAACACGCCAGAUGAGAGCCAACCUUCCUCACCUGGUGGCAGGGCCAGCAGCACCCUCAGGAAAUCCAGCCUGGGUACCACCUGCCUCCUCCCCGAGACUGUCAAGAUAUCUUCCCUGUGAGGGGUGGGCCUGCCUAUUCAGAGGGCCCUCUUCAUUUGUGAGACUCCUUUCCAAAGCCAUAUUUUGGGGAGGCAUAGAGGGCCAGGCCUGGGGACCCGGUCAGCCCCCCACUUAGAACUAUGCAAUGGAGUUUCAUGGAAUGGUCCACAUGGGGACCAUGUGGGGAAGUAGCCAGGGAAUGGGAAACUAUCUCCACCCCCAGACAGUUAUCCUGGUGGGAGUUGAAGCACUGGACUUCUAUAGGCCCCCAGCCUCCCUGCCCCAGCACACUGGGACUGGUCCCACUACCCCUGCUGGCCUCCUGCAUGCUCCUCCCCGAGAGCCUCAGAGAUAGAUAAAGCACCUACCUGACAUCUGAGCUCUGGUCUGAGAAGGAGAGUGGAGAUUUCCUCUUUUCUCUGGCUGGGCUGUGAAGGGAGGUCUGGAGGUUUGGAGAAGAGAAUCUUCACCUCUGAUGUGGUCUCUAGGAGAGGUCCCUGCCCUCUACUUGGCCCAACAAUUCCUAGAUUUUGAAGCUUGGAAUGCAACCACAGGCUUUAUGGGCUGUGCCUCAGCUGUGGCCUGCUACCCCCAAUCCUUGCCUGAGGGGUCAGGCUACCUCUCCCAACACACACAGAUAGCACAAAUUCCACCACCCCCUUCCCUAGCUGCUGGAAUGGGUCCUUGCAAGCCUGUCCUUUGCCGGGCCCCCAGCAAACUCUAGCAAUAGCAGCUGCUGCUGUGACAUUAUGCAAAGCCUCUGACCAGUUUGCUGCAGCACUUACAUCUGCCCUAAUCAGAGGGCUGCCUCUAACUACUAUUCCUUCUCUCUUCUAUGGUUUGCUUCCUUCCUGGGUUGGGCUGGAGUCUGGACUGACUGAGAUAAGAACUUAGCAGCCAGCAAAAACUAGGCUGUGUUUGGAGAUCAUGAGCUGAUUCCAUGUUUUUGGGCAGGAGUCCAGAAGGAUCAGGGGCUGAGGCCUAGGUUGUUCCUGAAGUCUUGGAGUUGUAGGAGACAGGAGGAAUUUCUUGAUAUACUCCUCCUCCCUCACAACUCCUUUUCACAUAUUCCUCUUCCUUCUCCCUCUUUGGUUACCUUCCAAAACUGUUCUCAGGCUGAAAUCUGGCAUCAUCUCAGGUUCCCUGUCCCCAGCAAUGUCCCUGUGGAGCUGGUGGCUGACAAAGAUGUAGUUUCUGUCUGUCAAUAAAACCUGAGGGACAGAUGA